AUGGGCUGGCACCGCUCUAGGCAGCAGGGAUAUGGGAGUGAACAAAGUGGACAAAAUCCUGACCCUGAAAAGCGGCAGACCAUGAACAAGCUCACGGUCGUUGUGUUGUCCUUCCUGCAGCAUCAUCUGUGCCUCCUGUGUCAUGCUGUGGCCCCCUCGGCAGGGUCUCUGCCCAGUCAAAGCAAAGGGGCCUGCGUCGAGCCUGCACUCACCAGGCAGCAGAGCGGCCUUGUGAGACAGCCUUGCCCGACCUGCCUGCCCCGAGGCCCAGACAAAGUGCUGGCUGGGGAGUCAGGGCAGAUGCAGCCGCCCAAGGCCCCAGCACAAGGUGAAGUGGAAGCCUUAGGAGGUCUCCAGCCCCAAGACCCCCAGCCCAGUCGUGGCCACCCGCCCAUCCUCCCUGGUCAGACCCAGCGCUUGCGACGCGUUAUUUCACUUAAUCCUCCUGACCGCACAGAGCGGCAGAUACUAUUAUUGCUGUGUCCAUUCUACAAAUGGGAGGUGGAGGCUCGGAGAUGUUCCAGUGGGAGGGCAGAGCAGAGCCUUAAAGGGAGGCAGCAUCCGAGGAGGUACGCAGGGCCCGGCAGCUGGCAAGUCAGUGACAGGGGGGAUGUGCUCUUUGGGAGCCUCUGUGACCUAAGUUGGGGCUUAUGUCUCCCUGGCUUUGCUCCGUGGACACACGGCCCCACCGGCCCACCACGCCAGACCAAGGAGGGGCCCAAGCUCGGUGAGACAGGGGACGUGGUACUGACGGGAAACAGCAGAGCCGCGCGCGACCCUCCAGCCAGCCCUUCCACGUGGGAACGGCAAGCAGGGAAACCAGUGCUAGUCCUCUCCGGAGACGCCAGACCUCAGGGUGGAGAUGAGACCCCAGUGGAGAGGAAACAAAGAAAGGCUCCAGCCUUGGUAGGAGAAGGACAGCCUCAUCAUUGCCAUAAUCAUCAACAUCAAAACGGCCUUUGGAAACGCCAGACACUUCCCCGCCUAUGUAAGCUGCUCUGCAAUUAUAGAGGCCCAGCCCCCGGCCCUCGGGAGCUGGAGCCCGCAGGAAGGUAGGGAGGAGUCGAAGAGGGAGAGCCACAGGCUCUGUUUGCUAACAGCCCAGUGGCCCUUCUUCUGGUUCUUAAGCCAGGGUCCAUGCCCAGGCCUCCCCCAGUGCCCCAGCUCCAGAUGGGCCUGGGCGGGGAGCUCACAAUAAAGUGAGGAGACUGCAAUUAAGGAAGUGAUCGCAGCAGUGCUUGCCCACCCUGCUU